AUGGCCUCUCCCAGACGCCUUCUCCGAACAGCCCGCCAACUCACCUCAACCAAAACCCCCUUACUCACCUCCCAAUUCCCCCGCCAUGUCUCAACCACACCCUCCCCACCAUCACCAUCACCAUCACCACCCCUACCACCCAAAAACCUCAAACCCCUGACAGAAUCUCAGCGGGAAAUGCUCUCCUCCUUCCUCCGCGUCAACCAAGCCGGCGAGCUAGCCGCCACCCUCAUCUACACAGCCCAAACGCCCCCCAUCCUCGCCUGCGAGCCCCACCUCCGCCCCCUGAUGAAGCACAUGUACGACCAAGAAGCCGACCACCUCCGCGUCUUCAACUCACUCAUCGCCAAACACCGCGUCCGCCCAACAGCCCUCUACCCCCUCUGGUCCGUCCUCGCGACCGGACUAGGCUGGUCUACCGCCGUCAUGGGCAAAGAAGCCGCCAUGGCCUGCACCGAAGCCGUCGAAACUGAAAUCGGGGGCCAUUACAACACGCAGAUUCGGGAGCUCCUCAAGAUGGUCAGUGAGUGGGAGGCGGAGGGGUAUGAUGUCGGCGAGGAAUUCACCGAGUUGAUCAGCACGCUGAGGAGGAUACGGGACGAGGAACUGGAGCAUUUGGACCAUGCGGUCGAGCAUGACGCGCAAAAGGCGGAGCCGCACUGGCUCCUGACCGGAGUCAUCAGAGCGGGGUGUAGAGGGGCUAUCUGGGUUAGUGAACGGGUGUAA